AUGUGUGAAACCUUAUUAGGAACAAAGAUAUCCGAUACAACGUCUGUCGACAAAUACAUAGAAAAUGUAGAUACAUUGGGAUUUUUCUAUAUAAACCGGCUGGUACAGCCCUGGUAUACAGUAGACUUUCUUUAUAAGACAACUUCUUAUUAUUUAAAGGAACAAUCAUUAAUACGAGACUUACAUAAUUUUACUGAAGAAAUAAUAAGAAAACGGCAAGCGGAUCUAAAUAAAACAGUUAAUAAUGAGAAACAUAAUAGGAUUAUGCUAGAUAUUCUAUUAGAUAAAGUAAAUAAAGGUAAUAUUGAUGAAAAGAGAGUUCGGGACGAUGUUAAUACGUUUUUGUUUGAGAGUUUUGAUACAACUGCGACAACAUUGAUUUUUAUGAUCGUAAGAUUAGCCAACGAAUCUGCUAUACAGAAAUUAAUUCACGAAGAAUUGGAAACUAUUUUUGAUAACACUGACAGAGACCUCACUAUAGAAGAUCUAAGUAAAAUGAAGUAUUUAGAAUGUUGUAUCAAGGAAUCACUCCGUCUGUAUCCUAGUGUACCAUUUAUAUCAAGAUACAUCACUGAAGACCUCACAAUUGCUGGCUAUAUAAUACCAAAAAAUACUUACUACAAUAUCCACAUAUAUGAUUUGCAUCAUGACCCAGAUUUGUAUUCUGAUCCGGAAAAGUUCAUCCCAGAGAGGUUCUUACCAGAAAAUUCAGUGAAACGCCACCCAUACGCUUACAUACCUUUCAGUGCUGGAUCUAGGAACUGCUUAGGUCAAAAAUUUGCUAUGAUGGCAAUGAAAACUGUAUUGGCGGGUAUUUUACGUAAAUAUCGCUUGGAACCGGUCACACGAAUUGAAGAUCUCAAUUUCAUGACUGAUGUUAUUCUUAGAGUUUCCCACCCUUUGUGUGUGCGUUUUUGUCUAAAAACACCGGUAUUUUAG